UUAUCUUUGAACGAUAACUGAAGUGUUUACUUGGACACAAGAAGAAAAAAGAGUCUUCACUCUUCAGUGGGGCUACUAGAGAGAGAGAGAGAGAGAGAGAGCACAUGACAUCCUCCAUACCAUUGGGUCAUCAGCCUCCGUGUCUAGCUCCGCAGCCGCCGCCGCAGCUGCGCGACGGAGAUGCUUUGAAACGUCGUCCUGAUAUGGAUACAGACAAGGAUAUGUCUGCUGCUGUUAUAGAGGGCAAUGAUGCUGUUACCGGUCACAUCAUUUCUACUACCAUCGGAGGCAAAAACGGCGAACCUAAACAGACCAUUAGUUACAUGGCAGAACGGGUUGUUGGAACAGGAUCAUUUGGAAUUGUAUUCCAGGCAAAGUGCUUGGAAACUAGAGAUUCAGUUGAAAGUUAAGAGACACAUAGAUAUGAACCGUACACAAGUAUUUCAAGAACACAUUCUUGUAUAUUAGAAAUAUUUUAAACAAUCCUCCUAGAUCUGUUUAAUCCGGUUUAUGCUCAGUCACACACGACUAGCGACAGACCAAUUUCUAAUCUCUAAAUUACAGAAACCCAAGCUGAAAACCUUUCACUCGAUUUCUGUAGCCGACAAGAACAAACCUCUUGCUCUAGCUUUUACUCUCUUAACGCUUGACCAAAAACACUUCUAGGUUCCCUCGUUAAGUACCCGUGAAAGACAAUAUUCUACUUCCUAAAAUAUCGCCAACAGAAGAUCUUCUUUGCUUCGCGCCAAAGCAAUAUCUUCUACUUCCAUAAGUUUGUGACACGUCAUCACGCCGUAACAAAUUUAACGUACUAUGUUACACACUCAUCACCAUGUGUAACACACUCUUGGCUCAGAACGAACAAGCUCACAAUUCUUGAGCUUACAUUCUCCCCCUUUUUAUCUGAAUGUGACAACCUACUCAACCUGUUGCAACAAAGCUCAACACACAAGACAAUCUUCCAUAUCAAGCAUAAGGAUUAGUCUACCAUCAUACCACAAGAUACGAGAAAGCGGAAACACCACACACUUAAGAAAUUAAGAGUUUCAUAUCACACAAGCAAACGGAAGCAAAAACAAUAGUACGAUGCAGACUACAACAUCUAGGUUCAGUACAUAGUGCAUAGAGUAAGAAACAAUAGAUUCACUCAUUAGAAACUCUCACUCUCUUCACUAUCCAGUUCCACUUCAUCUUCCUCCUCAUCCUGUGGGGUUUGACGAGGAUACUGUGGAUAUUCUCCCCCUGAGUAGAUGCACAUUAAGAUAAAAACAUAAGGUCAGAAACUCAUAGAAUUCAAGAAAAAAGGUUCAACAAGUACUACACCCUUACUCCUCAAGCGAAUCCGAAUGCUUUUAAGAUCAGCUAUGGUUCGCUCAAUGUCAGCCAGAAGAUCCACGGAUCUUGAGUCAGCCCCUUGCCCUCUGCCUGCCUUUUUGUCUUUGACAACCAGCUUCAUAACCCGGUAUACUCCUCAACAUCUUCAAAUGACAGCACUGUACGUUGAUAGUCAAUAACUUGAUGAAUCAAUGUUGGGAAAAUGAUCCUCUGAGACCUGUCAGUGUUGAUGUUAGCUGCAAAGAUGAUGAUUUGAUCGUAGACCAUCUGACCAAAGUCAAAGCUUCUGUGAUGAUGAAUCAUGUAGAGAAACUUGAGUCGUUCCUGGUUCAUUGACAUGUAGUUGGUGGUGGGAAUCCAAUUUGAGCACACUAGCUUGUAAAGGACUUGAUUCGUCGGGGUCAGAUACUUGGAGCUCAUGGCUUCCCAACGCUGCACACGAUUAUCCAUCAAAAACGAGCACACUCGAUCAAUGUCUGCGGCCAAGUAGUCAUGAUCUUCUUCAAAUCCCGGAACCAGAUACAAAGCAUUAAUCUGGCUAGGCGAGAAAUCAACCAUAGAUCCACGAAGAAACACAGCAACACCAUUUCCUCUAUCCUCAGCAGCACCCAAAUUGGCAAUAAACUCUUUCACCACAUUAGGGUGAAACAAAUCACUAUCAAUCAGAGUGUAGAUCAAACCCGACCUAACUACCACCCGUUUCACAUCAAACAAGUUCUCAUCAUUCACAUCUAACCUUUGUUGAAUCACAAACUCACGUGGAGCCAAUUUUUCAUACCUCUCAGCCGAAUUGCUCGUGACGAAGCGACUCGAGAACGGAGUGAUGUUGGAACAAAGCAUCUCGGGGUUCUCUUGAUUUCGUGCUUGGAAGAUAGCACGGCUUGCUUGAUAACGCGACUCUUUGGGUUGAAAGGCUUCAACCUCGUCGUCGGUAGAUGAGGAAGACGUAUAUGCAGCAUGCGGAGAAGACGGCGGCGGAGUGAUCUCUCGCUGUUGCUUCCGGAUUUGUUUGCGGGAAGAUCCGAAAGGACCAGCGGCGGAGGGAGCCGGAGUAGAUGUUCCUCUCUCAGACAAUCGGGAGCAUCUUCGGGUGGGUUGCAUGUUUCGAUUUGGGAGUGAGAUGUGUCGGAAACUGUUUUUGAGAGUGACACAACCGAUGACCUAAUUUCACUCAAUUUAAAACAUUAGCCCCAAAUAAAGUAACUCGGCUCAUAUAAAAUAAUCGCAAAUAAUACACUGUGUGUGAUGCAAUAGAACUUAUGUGUAACUCAUGCAUGUAACCAGGAGCACAGACAUCACUUACAUUCGUAUGAGAGUACGGAAGUCAUGAGAAUUGUGAUGAUAGCCAGCCUUAUACACAUAGACAUCGAUGGGUAUGAUGCCUGCAUCUCAGGGUUAUAGUCACUGAAGAACGAUUUCACCACACAUCUAGCUACCAAAACAGUUUUUAUUGAAAUCAAUGAGUCAACCCAAGUCUGUAGCUAUUUCUCAGCCGAGUAGCUGUCACAAACGAGAUUCUGCUGUGUUCAUUCAGUCAACCCAACUCUGUUUUCGCACUCAGCUGUAUGGUCUGGAAACACACGUUAGGCUUCUUGUGUGUCUGUCUCUCCAACUCACAGACAUUCACGUUUUAUCAACAGGCAAUCAAUACACAAUUCUAAUUCUAGGAAAGAGAUGGAAUCCAGAGACAAAGUGGGGUAACACCCUGCUCCGAAACAUGUAUCCCAAGAGAUUGGUAACAUACCUGCCCAGUCAAGACAGUGAUCGAAAUCAGAGACAAAGUGGGGUAACACCCAGCUCCAAAACGAGUAUCUAUCAUUCCGGGCCUUCCUUUUUUUUUUUUUUUGAGUCACAUACCUCUUUCAUGACGUUACAUAUGAGCCUUACCUUUGUAACUUUUGCGUGACCCACAUUUCCUCUUAUGUAACACUCAUCCCCUUAUGUUUUUCCUCAUUCAAUCCAGGCAGUGAUCAAUGGCUCAAACGUGAAAUGGGAUAACAUCUCAGUUCAAGAUGAGUGCCCUUCACCAGUGAAUCAGAAAAGCGAGAUAACAAGAGUCAGGUGACAGAACUUACACAGUAGAACUUGUUGACUCAAGGUGUUAGUGAGGGGGUCGCAUCGAAGCAUAGAGUCCAGCAUUUUUACAGUGACUCUUCCCCCUUCUUCAGGACUUAAUCAGAGUUCCAUGAUUCCCAACGCCUUUCUAAGACCCAUAAAGGUGUUGUAAUCCAGUGGUUUGGUAAAGAGAUCCGCAAGUUGUUUCUCUGUUGGGACAUGCUCUAAAAUCACAAUCCUCAUUUCCACCAACUCUCUCACAAAGUGAUGUCUUAUAUCCACGUGUUUAGUACGUGAACGCUGAACUGGAUUUUUAGAGAGAUUUAUAGCACUCAUGUUAUCACAAUGAACAAGCAUGGGAGCAGAGGUGAUACCGUAGUCAACAAGCAUUUGUCGCAUCCAAAGGAGUUGAGUGCAACAGCUUCCUAGUGAAAUGUACUCAGCUUCUGCUGUGGAAAGAGAGACACAGUUUUGUUUCUUGCUAUGCCAUGAGACCAUGUUGUUUCCUAAGAAAAAACAACCACCUGAUGUGCUAUGUCUGUCAUCUAAGCAACAUGCCCAAUCAGCAUCACAAAAACCUGCAAGAUUCACAUUAGUCUCAAAUGUAUAAUGAAGACCAAAGUCAAGGGUGCCUUUCACGUAUUUGAUAAUACGUUCAUGUGAGACUCCUUCGGCUUAGCUUGAUAGCAAGCACAAAUCCCCACACUGAGGCAUAGAUCAGGACGACUUGCCGUGAGGUAAAGAAGACUUCCAAUCAUGGCUCAGUAGAGUUUCUCAUCAACUGGUUUCCCAUCGCUAUCUUUGGAAAGUUUGGUUGUUGAGCUCAUAGGUGUUUUUGCAGUCUUACUUGUCUGCAUUUCAAAUCGUAUGAUGAGAUUUUUGGCGUAGGUACUCUGUGACACUGUGAUUCCAUCGGUUAGUUGUUUGAUCUGAAGUCCGAGGAAAUAGCUCAGUUCGCCAACCAUACUCAUUUCAAACUCCUUUGUCAUAGUCUUCACGAAGUCAUCAACCAUUUGCUUAGACGUUCCUCCGAAAAUGAUAUCAUCCACGUAAACUUGAAUGAUCAGCAUAUCAUUUCCAUCUUCUCCGAUGAACAGAGUCUUGUCCACACCACCUCUUUGAAAACCAGCUUGUACCAGGAACUCCGUCAGACGAUCAUACAAAGCUCGUGGAGCUUGUUUCAAUCCAUAAAGAGCUUUCUUGAGUUUGUAGACGUGAUCCAGAAAAUGUGGAUCCUCAAACCCUUUUGGUUGUGUUACGUAGACUUCUUCUUUUAAUACACCGUUUAGAAAGGCACUCUUGACAUCCAUCUGAUAGAGUUUGAUUCUCAGGUUGCAAGCCAUACCAAACAGUAGUCGUAUUGAUUCAAGUCUCGCAACUGGAGCGAAGGUUUCAUCAAAGUCUACUCCUUCAAUCUGAGAGUAUCCCUGUCCAACUAAUCGCGACUUGUUUUGAAUGACGUUCCCUUCCUCAUCAGUCUUGUUCUUGUGAAUCCACUUGGUUCCAAAGAUGUUUACGUUCUUUGGUCUUGGUACCAAUACCCACACUUGGAGUCGUUCAAACUGCUGAAGUUCCAGGUGCAUCGAUUCAGUCCAGAAUUCAUCAUCUAAUGCUUCCUGAAUGUUCUUGGGCUCAAUAAGUGACACAAAGCAUUCCACUUCAUUCAUUUUCACCAUGAAACACGCCAACUUGACCAUCUCUUUGAAGUUGAUUUGUUUCUUUCUUGUAACUCUUUCAUCAUACAGUCCGCCAAUCACAUCUGACGAGGAGUGGUUUUUGUGUAGUUUUCCUUGAUCAAGAUCGACCUUGGUCAUCUCAG